CACUCAUUACACAAAUUUCACUCUCAAAUUGGAUUCAGCCAGACUUUUAGAACUUAAUAAAUUCUCCACACAGAAGGACAACUAUGUGACCAGGAAGAAUUUCGUUUAAUUAAUCAAGUUAAAUACGACUCGAGUUCUUUUUACAAAAUUAGUGAUUAAUUAAUUAAACAGUUCGAUUUACUUGAUUUAGCAUUAAGUAAUUACUUCUUGUUGAAAAGCUAAAAAAUGAGUGACUUAUUUUUCGCUUAUUUUCACUCCGAAUAUUUUUUAACUUGUAGAAAAUUUUGUGACUUUAUGGAUUUUAUGAAGUUUACAAUGUUGCAAGGAACUUGAUAAGUUUCAACAUUGUUUUAUCGUUCUAAGAAGUCGUUAUAAUUUUUUUUAGAUUAGUUAUAAACCUUAAUUUAAAUUAAUGUAAUCGGAAGUUACAAAAAGUGGCUGAGAUCAAUGAAAAAGUUGUAAAAAUCGAAAUUUGCAUAGUGAAUUUUUUCAAGAAAUAUAUUUUUUUUAUGUCGUGUUUUUGUUUUUCGAACAAUUUCUUUCUAUAUGAAAAUUGGGAAUCUCCAGAUUCUGUCUGCAUUCAAAUUAUUAACAGACUCUAGAAAAUUUUGCAUUUCGUUUAAAAUUAUGAACGGAACAACUACUUGCUAAAAAGUGAUAUUUCGGUGAAAUUUCGUACCAAAAUUCUGGUGACUAUCUCGUGAAAAAUGGGGUCUGCAUAUUACUCGAUGCUACCACGUGGCCGAUUUUAUCCACGGGACAAUCAUGAAAAAUGGCUGAAACGCGAUAUUGGUAAAAAUGAAGGAAAUCUUGACCAACAUAAUUUUGAGGAGCAUUAUUCCCCACUACGAAAUUUAUUGAUCAUCAACAAAAUUUUGGACUAUCUCGAUCCAGCCUCCACCCUCUCGGCCCGACUGAUCUGCUCCUUAUGGAAUUCAGAAAUCUGUCGAAGAAUCAACGGCCCUAAACGAUCCGUCCUAAACUACAAAACAAUUUCCAGAAAUAUUCAACACUUGAAAUUUUCCACCCACUCCGAACUCGUCGAGUUGCUAAAAUUUUGCAACUCUGCCUCCCGAAAAUUCUUCGUGACGUCGUUCUACUUUAAAUUACUGCCAAAAUUAAGCAUUUCCAUGUUGGGAGCGACAACUUUCUCCAACUUUCUCCAAGAUUCCGUCACCCGGGUAAAAAUUGCCGUCCACACGAGCCACGUUUCCCAGUGGUUCGACCUCCUCAAGAAAAUGCGGGCUUUGAAACACUUGUACAUCAUUCGAGUUCCGGAAUUCGGCCGGGCUAAUUUUCAAGAUGGUGGGACCUACAAACUCGAUUCGAACUAUGACGAUAAAAAUUUAAUUCUAGAAAAUUUGGUUACCAUAAAAUUACAAAGUUUAGCUUGUUCCGAACAUUUUUUCAGUUUUAAUGAUUCCGAUUUGAACGCGAGUUUGAUCUCGUUUUUGAAAUGUACGCGGACCGUGAAGCUCUUGCAGUUUGUCGGUUGGCCGGGAAAAGUGGUCGAAGUUUUGGACAAGGUGAAAGUUUUGGGUGAAAAUUUAGAAAUUCUGCGCAUCUCGGGUGGGAGAAAGUUGGGAGAGGAGGAUGUCAAAGUACUGACCGAGAUGGAAUUUCCUGCCAUGAAAAGGAUCGAACUUAACGUGUUGGACGAAAAAAGAGGUGGCGUUGGAGACCACGUGUGGGGAAAGCUAGUGGAGAAAGUUGGGCAGAAAGUGAGAGUGGUGAAAAUUGUUUGAAAUGAUUCUAAUUAUUAAAUAAUUAAUUACCUAAUUAUGAAUUAUUGUUUUGAAUUGUGUUAUAAAAUUCUUGGAAAAUUUGAGACGAUUAAAAGGAAAUAUAUAUUGUAUAUUUUUUAGAUCUAAAUUUCCCAAACUUUAAUCCAUCCAACACAGCACGAUCAAGUUUUCAGAUACAUCGUUUAACGGAAAUGAGUUAGAUUUAUAACCUACCACGUGACUCUCACCACGAAAACUGUUAAAACUCGAUUAAUAUGAUAAGGUAGAAUUCACGCAGUUCUUGGUAACUUUGUAAAAUCCGUCAAUUUUGUAAUUAAUUUUACAAACUUUUAUAAAACACAAAGACACCCUUAAUCUGAGCUGAAAUUUACAAAAAUUCGCAAGCCAAUUUUUCUCAGAAUAUGUACACAAUUUUGUAAACGUUUGUAAGUUUGCAGAAAUUGCUUAUUUUCCAAUGUUACCAAGGCCUGUGUGAAUAGUCACAAUAUUUAAAGCAGUAAUCGUCAAAGUUAAGUAUUUAAUUUUUCUUCAGAAAAUAUUACUUAUUUUGGGCAGGUGAAAAGUCGCUAGUAAAAAAUUAGACUUGGUUAAUUUAUCUUAAUUAAUGAAUUUAGAUUAAUUAAUCUAAGUAAAAUGCAGAAUUAUCCUUUGCCAACAGCUCGAGUUAGAGUUCACUCAUCCUUAAAAUAAAUAAAAAUGUCUCAAGAUUGAGAAAAAAUGAAUUUUGAAAGUCGGAAUAUUGUAUGAGCUUAAGUAGUAUUUGUGAAAUUGGGCAAAUUAAUGAAAAUUCUAAGGUCUCCACACUCUUAAUAAAAUGUAUUUUAUUUUAAAUUUAAAUUUAAAUUUAUUUAGAGUGCACGGCUGGCUCGGCAAUAUGACGUCGUUUUUUAUAAAUUUUGUUAUUGUAGUGUACUUUUUUAAAAUUGGUUAUAUACAUUAAAACCUGAAAUUACUGAAAAACCAAGAGUAAAAACGACUUGAUGAAAAUAAAUAUUGGUUCGGGUUCAUAAAAUUAGCAUUUAAAAACUGAUGCAAAAUCCAGUGAAUUUAUGGACGGCCCCUUUUUGCCGUGUUACCAAGGACAAAAAUUGAGAUAUCAAAACUAAUGAUUAUAAGAACGAUUUCGUUUUAAAAACUAAAAUGUGCACCAUAUUUAGUUCCAUGUUUUGAUUUUUUUUAUCUAAAAAAA